UUUCAGCUUUGAAGUGCUGCACACGGAGACCUGCUGUCUCAGGAAGGGUUUAGCACCUCUUUAGUCUCUAGUCAAGAGGUAAAUCUGGAGUAUGGUACCACAUGGAACAGAAAUAGGAGACAAAACAGCUCAUCUCGGAACAAAAUGCAUACAGCAGUGUGCCUCGACACACAGGAAAAGCUGCUUCUUGUCCUAUAAAAGUCAUUUAUAUUUUGAAACAGAAAUAGUGGGGGAAGAGCUCUUUAUGGAAAACAAACAAAGGGCAAAGUCCAGUUGUUGGUCAUGAGGAUGUUUCUCGGAGACCUUUGGUUUGGCCCAGAUGCAAGAACUGAAUCAUUUGGUUGAACGUCUUGUUCAAAAUCUGGAUCUGUAAAAUAUCUCCAUGUGCAGGACUUAUGAUUUCACCAUUUGAACGAAACUUCACACGCAUCAUGACAAACCUGUUCUCCACAAGCGUGCCUAAUUCCUCCUACAUAUCUAUCCAUCCAUCAUCAGAAGGCUCCACCUGUGAACUGGAUGACACUGCCCUGAGUAUCCCUCUGGCAUUCUGGUACUCCCUAAUUUUUGUUUUUGGCCUGGGAGGGAACCUGCUUGCUCUCUGGGUGUUCUUGUUCAUCCAUGGCAAGAAAAACUCAGUACGGGUAUUCUUGGUCAACAUCGCCAUUGCUGACCUUUUUCUGGUUAUCUGCCUGCCCUUCCGAGUAGUGUACCACAGCUAUCACAACACCUGGACCUUGGGACGCACUUUUUGCAAGGUGGUGGGCAAUGUCUUCUACAUGAACAUGUACAUCAGCAUCACCCUGCUAGGUUUCAUUGGCAUUGACCGCUAUAUCAGAGUCCAUAGGGCUGCUGGCAGUCGUUUUCGGCAAAAGAGCACAUGGAGCACAGUAGCUUGUGUGAUGGUCUGGGCCCUGUCCAUCGCCGCUACUGUUCCCAUGGCAGCGGUCUCCGAGGGCAGUGAAGACCCGGACAAGUGCUUCCAGUACAAGAAGAAGCAGGGGGCUGAAUGGAAGGCCUACAUAAACUACUCCUUGGUGGCCCUGUUCUGGCUGGUCUUCCUCACCCUGGUCAUCUCCUAUGGCAAGAUUGCCUUCAAAUUGCUGGGCAAUAGCAGACAGAAUCCAGAUUUUCCCAAUGCCCUCCAGUAUAACAGGACAGCUAAGAAGUCAUUUUUUGUCCUGUUCCUCUUCACAGUCUGCUUUGUCCCCUACCACACCUUCCGCAGCAUCUACAUAUACUCCCAGAUCCAUGAGACAUCCUGCUCCUGGAACAGCCUGAUGGACAGAACUAAUGAAAUAGUGCUCCUCUUCUCCACCUUCAACAGUUGCCUGGACCCAGUCAUGUUCUUCCUGCUGUCCGGCUCGGUUCGCAGAUCCACACUGCAGAUCCUCAACAACUUUCUCCACUUACCGGUUAAUCGGACCCCUGCGAUCAGCGAAUCCAACGAAUCACACACAGACCCUCGAUGUUCCCACAGAUUUCCACCUCCAGGAACAGUGCAGGCUGGACUGCACCCUUGCACUGUGAUGCUGGUGUCCAAUCAAGUGUCCUAAAGUCCAGACUUGCUGAGGGUACUUCCUGUCCAUAAGCAAUUUUAACUCAACCAUGAUAAUCACACUGAUUCAAUGGACAUUUGAAAGAAAUCACACUGAUUCCAUGGAUACUUCAAAGAAAUCACACAAAUUCCGUGAUACAUAGAAGAAAUCACAUUGGGAGAUACUUAGUGCUUUGUAUCUGUGGAAGGUCCAACAAGUUCUUAACACGGAUGUAAUUAUGCAUAUGAAGUAUCCCCUCAUUGAAAACUAUAGGCAGCUGAACUGAAGGGAAGGGGAAUGAUGUUAAUAGCCAUAGGCUAUAGCUUCACUUCUCCUUAUGAAGAUCAUUUCAAUUUGUAAUUUGUGUAUUUCACUUUCAGUUAGCUAGAAUAUGUUGUGAAAAUGUAUAAUUAUCUGUAUAAUAACCUUAAUAAACCUUAAUAAAAUAGAAUAAAACAAUAAAAUAGAAAAGCUUCUUUAAAGCUUCU